GCGGCGGGAGCGGCCGGCGGAGGCUGCGCGGCCGAGGGGGAGGGCCGGGGGAGGGGACAUCGCCCCUGCCCGCCUCCAGCCCCCCCCCGCCCGCCCCGCGCCCGCAGGCUCCCGAGUCUCAGUCGGCGCCCAGCAUCCCGCUGCCCCGGACCCUCCCGCGGGCGCGCACCGGGCUCAACUCAGGCUCAGGACUGCAGGUGGACAUCUCCACUGCCCAGGAGUCAUUGUGUGGACAGGACAGCCUCUGUGGAAGGCCAGCUAUACUGGAGUUCUGCCUCGGCAUGGGCCUUGCCAUCGAGCCAGCCCCGUGGUCUGUGCUGGUCUGAGGGUGCUGCCUGUCAUGGGGGCAGCCAUCUCCCAAGGGGCCCUCAUUGCCAUUGUCUGCAACGGCCUCGUAGGCUUCCUGCUGCUCCUGCUCUGGGUCAUUCUCUGCUGGGCCUGCCAUUCCCGCUCUGCGGACAUCGACUCUCUUUCGGAAUCCAGUCCCAACUCCAGCCCUGGCCCCUGUCCUGAGAAGGCACCCCCGCCCCAGAAGCCCAGCCAUGAAGGCAGCUACCUGCUGCAGCCCUGAAGGCCCCUCGCCUCGCCUGGAGUCUGGGGCCUAAGUCUGCCCCACCCAGAGCCUGGGAUCAGGAUCCCAGGGUCUAGCCAGUCUGGGGUCCAGAACCCAGAGUCCAGCCUGUCUGGAGCUGGACCUAGCAGCCCAGAGUCUAGCCAGUCUGGCUCCACUAGGGGCUCCAGUGGCCCUUAGUAGACAGGCCUGGGGUGGGGGUUCAUGAGUUGGUGCUAGGGCCAGGGCCAUCUCGACUCUGCUCCAUACCGAGGGCCAGGGACUGGGUCCACCUCUCCCUAGGCCAAUUGCCUCCAGGCCCUUGAGGUUGGGGAAGCAAACUGGAAUCCAUGGCAAUAAUGGGAGGGUGUCCAGGCUGGGCCCCUCCUUGGGUCCUCCCACUGUUUGCUGGAUAAUAAAUGGAACUAUGGCUCUA